GUUCCGUAUUUGGCAACGAGAGCUGUCAAGCUCAAUUAUCCCCAUGGUUUAUUGAAACGAAUCCAUUUUAUUUUAGUCUCUACAGACUUGACCUAUCCAUAUCUCUUCAAUACAAUUAAAUAUGAGUUUCACUUUGGUACGCAAACUCUUGCUGAGACCCAUCAAAAGGAUGCGCGGCGUGAUGGAGAGUCCUUUGGUCCAGAGCCCUGUGGAGAAGUUCCGUAAAGUCUGGGUUCGUACCUACAUGCCCGUGGCAGGACCACCGCGCUUCCCCAUGUCGGCCGGCCAGCGCCUGAUCUUUGGCUGGGGAUCUCUUCUGCUCAUGAUGGUCAUUCCCUUCUGGGCUCUGUAUAGUACUCCCAGGUGGUCCAAGUUGCACAAUGGCAUACCUCUGGACGAGGAUAAGCCGCCGCCAGAAGAGCCAGAGGACAAGGAAGAUAAGAAGAAAUAAUUUAAAACUAAAGACCCUGAACACUUUUAAACGGUGACUUCAUAAUCAUACUUUUACUGGGGCCUCCAUAUUUUUCAAAUAUUUGUGAAACAGCAUUCAACAGCGUGGUCCUUAUACUGUAAUCUAUCAAGUUAAUAAAAAGCAUAAU